AUGGCGACUGAAGCGGAGAAGUCGGCGGUGGACCAAGGUCACACCGCUGAGAGUGCGAUUGCCCUGCCUCCGGCCCCUGUCGCCACUGUUGCCAUUGCUGCUGCUCCCCUGCUCUCCCUGGCUCCACCUGCUGUUGUUGCGACAUCCGCGGUUCCGCUCCCCCUGUCGCCGGCUCCCCCGCCAAACCUUCCGCACGCUGGAUUCGUGUCCGGCGCGCCGGUUCCCGUUGCGCAGCCGUCACAUGUGGCGCAGCCGCCCGCCCAAGUUGUCGCUGGGGGCCCUGCGUUGGGGACAGCGGUGGGCGCCGGCCCCGAUUCAGCCCACUUAGUUGCCCCAUCGGCUGCGCCGUUGAAACCCGUCGCGCAGCGGCUCACGGAGUCCCAAAUACACCUUGCCGCAGGGGGCAAUGCGGCAGCGCAUUGGGGGCGAGGUUCUCCUCGGCGUCGCCCCUCCUCGUCAUAUCGUUCGGCUCACCGCGGAGGUCGUGGUGGCUGGUGGGGAGGUCACGGUCACAGGCACGGUGGACCAAGCGAGAUGCAGCAGCUGCGCGAGGAUUUCCCGGGGAUGCUCGUUGGGGCGAUGCGCAACGCUCUGAAUGGCGCACCGAAUCUUGUGACCGUGCUCCGCCUGCCUACGUUCGUCCUGUGUCCGCCUCGCAGUAUCCGCCCCUGCCCUGGAUUCCCCCUCUUCCGGACACGGGAUUUGUGGGAGCGGGAGGCGGAGGGGCGAGGGGAGCCUUCGUUCCUCCGCGUCGUUUUGCUGAAGCUCCCUGCAAGUUCGCCACCACCUCGCACGCCUCCGCCAGAUUCAGAACCCGGCACAUGGUCAGCAUGGGGUCUCUCCCCGCGCGAGUGGGGAGAGGUGCAGUCUGCGCUUCGCGCGGAAACGCCGCCGGCCAGCCAGGAGUCCGGCCAACAGCCAAGCGCGGCGCAGAGAAGCCGGGAACCUGACGGAGGGUGCGGAACUAAGCCCUCCCCUCACGCGCGGGCUGAUACUCGCGCAGCGUCGGCGCACGCAGAGGAGCGACCUGGCCUGGGUCUGCGGCGAAGGGGGGACCGUUGGUCACCUCAAUAUGGACGUGAGUCGGCGCCCCACUCGCCCGGGCCUGCCUCACCACCUCCACGAACGUGUCCGCAGCAUGAUCGAGGGCUGGAUCAGGCUGGUUGCCAUUCCCGCCUCGCCCUCCGCCCUUCCGCCAGCCCCGCCGUCCCCCGGAAGCAGCCGAAUGUGGACGCGGGGGGGACUGCUCGCGGCGACCCGAAUCCCAGCGACGACCAGGCGACCCCCUCCCCCGCGUCGCCGGAGAUCGCCGAGGAGAACGUUGCGCGGGGGAUCGCGCUCGCGGUGAGCGCUGGCCUACCUGACCACGAGGGGAUGGGCGGCGAGGGGAGCGAGGACGUGCAGGAGAACGCUUACCCCCCUCCCCGCGCUGAUAGUGCUCGCGACGCUCAGGAGAAGGGCGGCGAGGAGAGGGUGGCUGUUGAGGGUGCCGCAGAGGCGAGCACCCGCGCUCCUGCCGCGGCUGACCGUCCGGGCGGUUCGACGCAACACGAGCAGGCGCCCACAAAUACUCCGGCGAGGCGGGGCGCGCGGCAGGACGAUGGGGAAGCGUUUGAACCCGCUCGAAGUGGUGCACGGGCUCGCUCGCGGAGGGGUGCGCAGGGAGACGCGGACGAGGCCCGGCAGGCGCAGGCUGCGGUAGCGAGCUCUCCGCGGAACCCUCCAGCUCCGGAUCCCGUCUCACGGAUGGGUCCAUCACCCCCGAUCUUACCGCAGCCGACGCCAGUGCGGCGACGAAGCGAAAACGAGACGGCCGCGGCGCCGCAGACAGGGCGCGAGGGAGCUGCUGUGGGACGAGCAACGCGGGGAAUCCGCGUAGGACGCGGCAGCCGCCGCGGACGACGAGGCAACGAGAGAGGACGAAGAGGUGGUGGAGCACGAGAUUCAAACAGGCGCCGAUCUGGUGCAAGCGGCUACGCGAGGAAUGUGGAAAGGCUGAUGCGAAACGGCGCGGAGGGCGAUGUGGAACCACUUAGCGAGGAAGCAGAGGAGGAAGCGGAGAAUGAGGAAAGUGAAGAGGGGGACCCUGCCUUUAACCCUGAAAGCGAGGGGAUGUUAGAAGCAGAGGCCGAGGAGGACGAGGAAGAGUUGGAGCUGCUGCGGGAAGCGGAGCUCCCAAACCAGCAGGCCAGAGCGUGGGAUCUCUCCCCGCGCGGAUGGGGAGAGGCGCAGUCGGAACUCCGCGCGGCAGAAACAUCGCCACCUGGCCCGGAGUCUGGCCAACCGUAUUCUGAGGAGCAGGGUAACCUGGGGCUUGGCGGCGUCCGCGGAACGGCCCCCUCGACGCUGCAGCUGGCAGAUACUCCCGCAAGGUCGGAGCGUGCAGCGGAGCGGCUUCAACCGCAACAGGUGCGGUGGGGAGCUCAGUGGUCACAGACACGUGAACGUGAGCCGCUGCUCCCGACGCUUCCACCUCCCGAACUGCAUCCGCCACCAUAUUCCCCGCGCGGUCAGCAGUGGAACCCUAGCCACGACUACCCCCGCCGCGCGCAUAACCAUUCCGCCGCCCACGACGCCCUCCAGACCCAGCCGACUGAGGACGGGGCGGGGACUGCUCACGGCGGCGAGAAUCCCAACGGCCCGCAUGAGCCCCGCGGCCCCGACGCGGAGGCGACGGCCGCGGCGUCCGCUGCGGAGGGGACCGCUCCCGCGGGGAGCGCUUCUCCGGCGACCUCUCAGGAGAGCGGUAGCGGCGGUCGCGAUGCUGAAUUUCCCGCUGAUAUUCGUCCCAUCGUCGCCGAGAGUCAUGCGGCUCGGAGGCGCGACGCGCAGGGGACGCGGGUCGAUAUCCACGACGCUACGGGGACCGGCCCCGCUCCUGACGCGCCGGCAAGGCAUUCGACGCGACGACUAGGGGAGCACGGGAUUGCUCAGGAGACGCGUGACGAUCCGCCCCGCGCAGCGGAAGAGACAACCCGCGCUCAAGACGGCGCACGGGCGCCGACGCAGCAGGACGAGCCUGCACUUGGGAACACGGAGGCGCAGGCUCGAGGCACAGCCCAAUCGCGAGGAGUGGCACACCUGGCGGACGACGCGUAG